AUGGAGUACGAGUCGGCUGACAUCCCCCCUAUCCCGACCCGCGCCCAUCAUCACCACGCCCGACGUCGCUCUCUUCAAGGUCCCUCCUCCGCCUCAAACAAGCGUGCCAGUCUCCCUCCCGCCAGCCCCGAAGUCAUCUCCAACCUCAUCACCAGCCUCAGCGUCAUCUCCAAGCCCGCCAACAACCACUUCGAGGUCCCCCCGACCAGCCUCUCUUUGCCUUCUAGCCCGGGUCCCGGCCACGGCAGCUUCGGCGUCGACUACGGAGCCUUUCACCAGCCGAGCCUCGACGAACUGAGACAGGACCCCGUAUCCCUCGACGAGCUCGCCGCCUGCCCCCCGGUCAUCCGCACCUCGAAGCCCCCGAGCGGCUUCUCCCCCCUUACCGCCGCAAAGUCCCCCAAGAGCCCGAGAAGCCCCAGCCGUGAGAACUCGGGCGGCCUGCGCUCCUUUAUACGCAACAGCACCUCGCGACCCUCGUCCAAGGGGUCAUCGGCCUGCUCCAAGAAUGACGACACCCAGAGCAUAGGCAACCUCUCCAUCGAACGCCGAAACGCGCCGACCCCCGAGCUGAACCACCAACGAUCGCAUGAUAGCUGGGGCAAGAAGACGUCGAGGAGCCAAAAGGGGCUCAUGUAUAUGAGUUCAAAGGAGCAGCUCCGCGAGAGGGAGGUUGAGAGGAAGCGCGCUUCCGGAGGUGUUUCUGCGUCGUCUUCUGGAGGACUUGCUGUUGAGAGCAGUAUUCACAGCGGAGGACGAAGUGAUCCCUUCUUUGCCGAGACGGCUAUCCACGAGGAGCCGCCUGCACAUCAGUUGCCUAUUGAGCGUCCAAGCCCGAUGGAGGGUCCUUGUGCUAUCCCAGCGCGCGACUCGAGUCUAAGGAAGACAGGGCAGGUUAGACGAUCGAGCGCGAGGAGAUCAAGACGAGAGGAUGGACCACUGAGUGAUGUUAUACCUGAAGCCGAGGAACACCACAAGCCACGGGGGGAAACCGGGAGAAGAAAGCAGGGACAUACCGCACAUGAUCAAUUACGGUCGUCUGCCAGGUCACCAGUCUAUGGACUUCAAGAACCAGCUCCUUCCAAGACGACGAGCGUAGCUGGUAGGAGUUUCCUCGACGUUAGCCAAGAUGACUACGGUUUUGGGGUCGACGACGAUGAUGACGACGGUGCGCCGUUCCCUGCUGUGUCGCAAAAUCGGCGGCGAGAACCAAGCAACGACCGUCACAGUCGUCGUCGAUCAGGUCAUCAAAGCCCAAUUCCUCCUGAUGGUGUCAAGAUGAAGCGGAGCAGUUCACGACUCAAGCGUUUAUCUGGACCGCUGAGCCCUCGACCCGACGACCGAAGUCGCGAAUCGCCAAGUCCUCAACCAGUUCAGAACCCAACCCCAGCAGGAUAUGAGCGUCCUCAGUCGGCUGAUUCCGUUGACGAUGCUGUCGAAUCUUAUCUCUGCUCUCCCCGCCUGUCACAAAAGAUCCGGCAUCCUCAGACUGGUCGCGUCAUCUCCUUUUCUGAAGUCGGUGACUCGGAAGGAUCGGCUGUGUUUUGCUGUGUCGGAAUGGGACUUACUAGAUACAUCACUGCUUUCUACGAUGAACUAGCGUUAACGUUGAAGCUGCGGCUGAUCACUCCUGAUCGUCCUGGUGUUGGAGACAGUGAGCCAUACUCGGAUGGGACUGCUACGCCGCUCAGCUGGCCAGAUGAUGUCUAUGCUAUUUGCCAGGCUUUGAAGAUUACAAAGUUCUCUAUCUUGGCUCAUUCCGCCGGCGCCAUCUAUGCCUUGGCCACGGCACUCCGUAUGCCUCAGCACAUCCGCGGUAGAAUUCACCUCCUGGCGCCAUGGAUUCCUCCAUCUCAGAUGAACGUCUUUGGUACAUCGCAAACCCUUCCCCCGACAAACGCUAUUCCGACCUCGCAGCGAAUCCUACGAGCCCUUCCUACCCCUAUUCUCAAAGCCGCCAACAGCAGUUUCAUGACCGCGACGAGCAGCUCUAUUACAAGCUCAUUACCCAAGAACCCUCGCCGGGCUAAGCGGAGGACAAAUAACAACGGCGGAAGAGAGAGUACAGCGAGCAAUCGGAAUGUGACGCCUAGCUUGGACAAGGAGAAUAUUGGUCACGACAUGUACGGCAAGUCCAACGGCCAUGGUGAUCCUGAUCUGGAGCCCCCGAACGCAUCAGAGAACAUGGAUAGGAUGCAGGUGCCUCAGGGCACAAGGAGUCCUGAUAACGCCAUCUUGGCAGCAGCUGCAGAUGCCAUGGCAGACAAGGAACGCCAGAUGACGUACGACCUGCGGUUAACACACGCUAUUUGGGAACUGGCAACAACGGGAGCAAAUCCAGCCGUGGACCUCCUAGUAUGUCUCGAACGACGACACACAAUCGGCUUCCGAUACGUCGACAUUACUCGACCAGUGGUUAUCCACCACGGAAGCAGAGACACGCGUGUCCCCGUGGACAAUGUCAAGUGGCUCGGCAAGACGAUGCGGAGGUGCGAGGUCAGAGUCCUCGAGGGAGAGGGACACGGCCUCAUGGCUAGCGCGAGCGUCAUGGGCUCGGUGCUCAUGGAGAUGAGCAAGGAGUGGGAGGACUGGAUGAAGGUUACUGGCGCUGACGGACGGAAAGAACGCGGUAGAGACCGGAGGGGGAGAGUUUAA